AUGGCGCUGGAGCCGCGCGCCGUCGUGCAGGGCUUCCGCGCGUCGCCGCCGCCGCCCGCCGCCCCGCCCGACGGCGACGGCGGCGGCGACGCGGUGGUGCGCCUGGUCGUCAUGAGCUCGGAGCUGCCGGCGCUCGAGGACGACUCGUUCGGCAACGUGAGCUUCACGCACGCGCACGUCAAGUACAACCACGCGCUGGCCCGCGUGUCCCCGCACGCGCUGCGCUCGUCGCACGCCACGCUGCGCGUGCUGGACCUGCGCAACAACAACCUGACGGCGUUCCCGCUGGCGGAGCAGCUGGCCGCCUUCCGCCGCCUGCAGUACCUCUCCGUGGACGACAACGGCGUGGAGGCCGUGCCCGAGGGCGUGUCCGGCCUCGAGCAGCUGCUCCACCUCAGCCUCGCCAACAACCGCGUGGAGUCGCUCCACCCGCGCGCCCUCACCAGCCUCCCGUCGCUGCUCCACCUCGACCUCCACUCCAACCGCCUGCUGGCGCUGCCGCCGCAGCUGUCGGCGCUGCCCGCCCUGCGCUCGCUGCUGCUGUGGGACAACGCCUUCACCACACUGCCCGCCGGAUUUCUCGGUGGGCUCCACAGUCUGGAGUUCCUGGACCUGAGCUACACGGGCGUGAAGGAGAUCGAGCCGACGGCCCUUGCCACGCCUACCUCCGUCCCCUGGUUUGUCAACCUCAGGCGCACGCCCAUCACCGAACUCACAUCUUCAGCUUUUACCAAUGGCACUCUUCCCUACUGGCUGGACUUGCGCGAGACCGGCCUUCGCAGCCUAGACCAGUCGUUCCAGGCCGUCCUCCAGCACAUGGCCAGCAAGAACAUUGUGCAUAUAGACUGGGGGAAGCCUCAGCUAUGGCUAGAAAAUGAGGACCUGGCAUGCGACUGCAGUGUCAAGUGGCUUGUUACUAAUGCCACACUCCUGAAGCACGUGUCCGGCCGGUGCAACGACAAGAACAUCAACCUGCGUUUCCUUGACCCUGACUACUUCAACAUCUUCUGUUUUUAAGGGGACUACAUUUCACAAUCCUGGACUAUGAGAACCUAGAGGAUUUUUUUUUUUUUUCAGAGUCUGUCUUGACCACACAUGGAUUUAAAUGGAUUAUUUAAAAUCUGAUGUCAUUAAUUAGGAUUACUGGGGAUUGAUGCAAUCUUGAAUCAGUGGGCUCCAUAAUAUGGACACUACUUUGCAAUAUUUUUUUUGUGGUAAAAUGAAAACACACACACACACGUACAUGCACAUGCACACGCACACA